GGGCCCGGGGCAUGGAGAGCCUGCUGGAGAACCCGGUGCGCGCCGUGCUCUACCUGAAGGAGCUCACCGCUAUCGUGCAGAACCAGCAGAGCCUCAUCCACACCCAGCGCCAGCGCAUCGACGAGCUGGAGCGGCGCCUGGACGAGCUCAGCGCCGAGAACCGAAGCCUCCGCCAGCAGCACCCGGCUCCCGCCGCCGAGCUCCAGCCGCGCCCGCCGGCUCCCCCCGCGCGCCAGCCCGCAGCCCGAGCCGUGGAGCCGCUUCAGCCACCUCCACAGCUCCCAGCUGCGCCGCAGCCGCUCCAGGGCAGGCAGGCUCAGCAGGGCCCCAGCGGCGGCGGCAGCAGCAGCCGGGCUCCCGCUCACCAGCACCCCCCGCUCCAGCCCCAUCAGCAUCCCCCGGAGAAAGACAGCAGGGAGAGGGGCUGCUGCACCACCCUCCUCCAGCACAAACCCGCCCCGGCCAUCGGCAAAGGCGCCCUGAGCAGGAGACCAGAGAAUGAAACUGUUUUACACCAAUUCUGCUGCCCAGCAGCUGAUGCAGAGCAGAAGCCUUCAUCUCUGGACUCCUCACCAAGUGACGAUUCCUGUGGUUCCACCAGCAAGAAAUCCGGGUGUGAAACAGAGGAUCCGAAGGAGGCCGGCAGACACAGUGGCCAGGAAGGCAGGUCCGACACCCUGACGCUAAAAGCCCAGCAUGCAGAGCGGCAGGAGGAGCAGGCAGCGGGGUGCUCCCCUCUGGUGCAGAAGCCCAGCCUCCACCACACGGGUUCCCCAGUGAGAGUGCAGCGCAGCAAAGGGACGGCCACGUGUUCCCAUGCAGCUGCCUCCGAUUAUGAGCUCUCUCUUGACCUAAAGAAUAAACAGAUCGAAAUGCUAGAGCACAAAUACGGAGGGCACCUGGUCUCUCGCAGGGCAGCCUGCACCAUCCAGACUGCCUUCCGCCAGUACCAACUCAGCAAAAACUUUGAGAAGAUCCGGAACUCCCUGCUGGAGAGCCGCAUGCCCCGCCGAAUCUCAUUAAGAAAAGUCCGGGUCCAGAACUCUGAAAGUUUCUCUGCUGAUAAAGCCCUGAUGGAAGGGUACAACUUUGUGGGCAUCCCCUUGGUGAGGUCUCCAUCUUUGCCAGUCACCAUCAGUGGGGCCCUAACUGAAUUGGAGGACUCUUUCACGGAGCAGGUUCAGUCCCUGGCCAAAUCUAUUGAUGACGCCCUCAGUACAUGGAGCCUGAAGACCAUGUGUUCCCUUCAAGAUGGCAGCUCAUACCAGAUCAGAGAAACCUUUAGCGCCAGCUCAAUGCAGCCAAACCAGGACUUGGAAGCUGAAGUGAAGGAGCAAGAGAAGGAGGAGGGACUGCUGCCAGAUACUUUGCCCAAGAGCAGCAGCACCCUCAUGAUGGCCUUCCGGGAUGUCACAGUCCAGAUUGACAACAAGAAUAUCUCAGUCUCAUCUUCUACCUCGGUGUCCAUGGCGAACUGUCUUGGCAGCAGUGCCCAGACUGGGCUCUCUCAAGCUGCCAGAAUUGAAGAAAGCCCAGGGGAUGGGGAAAAGGAAGACAAAAAGGCCCAGGCUGCCCUGGAAGGGCUGCCGGACUCCAGGGUCCUCCAGAACAGUCACACCUUCACCGAGGUGAACGUUAACACCAAUGGUUUGGGGGGAGGCGGGAUGGAGCAAGGACAAAUGGUGGUGCAGAAACUCCAGUUUGACUCAAGCAAUGAGACUGGGCAGGGCAAGGGCUCUGAGUCUGAAAAUGCAGACAACUCAGAGCAGCUGAGCAGCAGCAGUACCUCCACGUCAGCCAAGUCGGCAUCUGAGGUAUCUUCUAAGGAAGCGCUGCAGGCCAUGAUUCUGAGCCUCCCACGGUACCACUGUGAGAAUCCAGCCAGCUGCAAAUCUCCCACGUUUUCAACAGACACCAUGAGGAAGCGGCUCUACCGCAUUGGGCUGAACCUCUUUAACAUAAAUCCAGACAAAGGGAUCCAGUUCCUGAUCUCUCGGGGCUUCAUCCCGGACACACCCAUCGGGGUGGCACAUUUCUUGCUCCAGCGCAAGGGCCUCAGCCGCCAGAUGAUCGGAGAGUUCCUGGGCAACAGCAAGAAACAGUUCAACAGGGAUGUCCUGGACUGUGUGGUGGACGAGAUGGACUUCUCGGGCAUGGAGCUGGAUGAAGCUUUGCGGAAAUUCCAGGCCCACAUCCGUGUUCAGGGAGAAGCUCAGAAGGUGGAACGGCUAAUUGAGGCCUUCAGCCAGCGGUACUGUAUGUGUAACCCAGACGUGGUCCAGCAGUUCCAUAACCCGGACACCAUUUUCAUCCUGGCCUUUGCGAUCAUCCUGCUCAACACGGACAUGUACAGCCCCAACAUCAAACCUGACAGGAAGAUGAUGCUAGAGGACUUCAUCCGGAACCUGAGAGGGGUGGACGACGGCGCUGACAUUCCCCGGGAGCUAGUAGUGGGGAUCUAUGAGAGGAUCCAACAGAAAGAGCUCAAAUCCAAUGAGGAUCAUGUGACCUAUGUCACCAAGGUGGAGAAAUCCAUAGUAGGGAUGAAAACAGUUCUGUCUGUGCCACAUCGCCGGCUGGUCUGCUGCAGCCGCCUUUACGAAGUGACGGAUGUGAAUAAAAUGCAGAAGCAGGCUGCUCACCAGAGGGAAGUGUUCCUCUUCAAUGACCUGCUGGUGAUCCUCAAGCUUUGCCCCAAGAAGAAAAGCUCCUCGACCUACACAUUUUGCAAGUCAGUUGGCCUGUUGGGGUUGCAGUUCCAUCUUUUUGAGAAUGAAUAUUACCCCCAUGGCAUCACCCUGGUGACUCCAGUCUCAGGCUCAGACAAGAAACAGGUACUACACUUCUGUGCUCUGGGUUCAGAGGAAAUGCAGAAAUUUGUGGAAGAUCUAAAAGAGUCAAUAGCAGAGGUGAUGGAGCUAGAACAGAUACGAAUUGAAUGGGAGCUGGAGAAGCAGCAGGGGGCAAAGACUCUUACGUUAAAGACCAACGGGGCUCAGAUGGAACCACAGUCCAAGCAAGCAUCUCCGACAGGCAAGAAGGAGCUGGGGGAGAAGGUCUCAGACAGCACAGUGGAGGUUUUAAUCAAUGCCUCCCCAGCCAGACUGACAAUUUUACCAAUUUCCAGAGAUACAAUUAAAAGUUACUGCUAGGACGGGUGUCAAUUCACAACAGGCUUCAAACGUACCAGCACAACUCCGUCCUGGGGCCCGAGAAUGGAACGCAGGCCAGCACACGUCCUAA